AUGGAAGAAGUGAUAAAACGAACUUAUGAAGUUGAAAAGAUUUUAGAUGCAAGACUAGAAGAUAACGGAGAAUGGAUGUAUUUAAUUAAAUGGAAAUACUACUCUGUUGCCUUUAAUACAUGGGAACCAAAAGAAAAUUUCGAUGAUGAUGAAGCAAUAACGAAUUUCUGGACAACUCAUUCGGUAUCAGAAGUAACUGCACCCUAUAAGAAUCAAUAUCUCCCUAAAGAGUCACUUGAACUAUCAAAUUUUGAAACAAAUAAAAUAGCUAAACAGAUUUAUCCAGAAGUCCGUGGUGAAAAUGACAUAGAAUCUAUAAUUGGUAUCGCAAAGAUCAAUGGACAAAAUAUCUUUCUCGUUAAGAUUGUGAAUUUUCCAAAACUCAUGAGAAUCCCAUCUAGUAUACUUCGUCACAUAUGCCCGAUCAAAAUUAUAAAGUUUUAUGAAAGCAAAAUUCGCCAAGAUUCUGCAAAACAUAACUUUUAA